AUGGCAGACCACGAUACCCUCAGCGGCGUCAAGGACAGGAAAAGUCUAAAACUGCCGGCAGACAAGCAGUUAUUCAUGGCCGUAAAAACAACAUCGGGCAAGUACAAGUUCGUCAGAAACGUUAAAUACGACUCCGGGGCACCGUCCUCUAAACCCCCCUUCACGGUCGACUCCAAGGGCGUCGAUAUACUGGAAGCUGGGGAAGCCGACGAGUUUAACGUGGUGCUGGGCCACUUUGGAGACAUCCUUUGGUACUGCGCGGGCCGGCUCAAAAACCCGGCCGUGAGGGUACACUGGCACAAAGGCAUCCUUGACCGCAAGAGCCACCCCAAAAUAUUCAGGCCCUCCAAUUUUGACGCAGACACAAUUUCCUGCGGGCUCACCGGCAGCUCCAAGCCAUACAACCUGCCGACGACAGAAUUUACCCCGGAUAUGUGUCUCGUCUGCUGCGCCCUGGGCAACGCGUUCCAGUUUGUCCUACGCGACACAGAAGGUGGGAGGCUAACGCGAUAUUUGCCCGGAGACAUCAGCAGCUUCAGGGGCUCUCUCAAGCAGUCCUGCGACCUCCUGCAGCUGAUGAUGGGCCUUCCGGCCGAGGGCCCGGCCUCGAUUUUGGACAGCUUGGCCCCGCAGCUGGGCCGUCCGCUGAAGUACUUGCUCAAGGGCGCCGCGGCCCCGUUGGGCCCGCACAUCGACAACAGCUGCUGCCUCGCCUGCUCCAUGGCAUACGCGCUCCUGACCGGUCUGGCCAAGGCGCCCCCCGGGCACGGCCGAGGUAUACACAGGCCCGUUACGCACAAUCACCAGCACGCUGACGCUGAGGAAAAAAAACCCGCCUUUUGCAUGGUCAAAAAUGGGGUUCUUACCACAAGCAAAGGCUACAUACCCCCACAAAUUGACCUCUCCAGCCAGGACGGCGCGCAAUACGUCGGCUCCCACCUGCUGCUGCUCACAACAGACCUGUUUUCAUGCCCACCAGACAUCUGGGUGCACGCACUAGUCAAAUACUGGCACAAAAAAUACAGAGUUCUCUUCGCACACCUCUACGAGCACUCUCCUUCUCUGGACGAUGGCGCCAACGCGCUGCUGGAAGGAAGCAUCACCCCGGAGGAGUUCCAAAGGUUGGUGGAGGCCGAAAAAAACAGGCUCUCCUGCCUGGAGAGGUCGAGGCAGUGGAUCUUCCCCAGCACUUGCAGGCAUAUCCUUGUCUGCGGUCCUCCCCACCGAGCCGCACUACCGCAGGGGCAGUGGGGAGGGAUAAGGGACAAGGGAGAGGAGGAGGUGAAGGGGAAGGGGGAAGGGGAGGGGGGAGUACGGGACAAGGGGCGCUCGCUUGUCGUGUGCCACAUCUGCGGCGGAGAGGUGGCACACCUGGCGGGCGUCGAGCCCCUCCCAUCCAACCCAUCCAACCCAUCCAACCCGUCCAACCCGUCUGAUCCCCUCCUAGCCUCCCUUGCAGAAAAGCUCUCCUUCGCCAUCGACAAGGGCCCCGAGUACACAAUGGGCGCCAGCACCGACGACAUCUUCAACAGCAGCAUGGUGACGCCCAUUUCAUCCGUAUACAUCACGAUGCGCUCCCUGAUCCCAGUCCACGCGGCCAAGCACUUCACAUGGCCCUCUUCGUACCCGCUGGACCAGAUCGCCACGGUGAGGGAGUUCGUGCGGCUCUUGCAAUCGCACUGGUUUCACCCCCCUGCAACAAACACCAACGUCCCCGCAUGCGCAGGCGAGGUGUGUUACUGGGGGCUACGCUGCGCCGGUUGCUCGCUGAGCUUCCACGCCAAAUGCGUGCACCCGCCCAACGCCAGAAUCCCCCCAAUCGCCCCCUUUCCAGCCCCAGACGGCGCCGUGGGCGCCGGGGCGCUGGGGGGAGAUAGGAAUCGAGUCCACGUGCCGGUUUACCACCUCCGCGAGGGAGUGACGGCCCACCUGCCGUUUGACCAGUGGCGAUGCCAGGACUGCUCCAACUGCGUCUAUUGUGGACUGCCCCUCCGGAGCGAGGUUAUACCAGACCCGCCCGCGCCGACCGAUCCCGGCGCUGGCAGGCGGCCAGGCAAACGCAGGGGCACUGAGGGAAGCGCCGGUGGCGUAAUAGUGCGCUGCGUAUCCUGCAAUUUUGGGGCACAUGGUGCCUGCUGCAAUCCCAGCGUGCCUCGGCUGCACUUUCUCUCCUUCUGGCGCUGCGAUGACUGCAGGCGCUGCCUCGGCUGCGGCUGGCAGGACAAGCACGCGUGCGACUAUACCAAUUGGGACUCGCAGUUCUUUUUUUGCCGGCGCUGCAACUAUUUGAUCGGGCAGUUAAACUAUUGCGCUGUUUGCUACGGGAUCUGGAGCCCCGACGGGAACAACGUGCCCAUGGCGGGCACCAGGCACACGCUGUACUCAACAUCGACCCACGGGGAAAGCGUGUCACUUUCCUGGAUCCAGUGCGGGGGCUGCAUGCUCUGGCUGCACGCCUCCUGCGACUCGCUCGCGAAUGAGAACCUGGAGCCCAUGGGCUCGCGCGACUUUCGCUAUCGCUGCCCCAUCUGCCGCAGCAACAACCGCCAGCUGCGCUAUUACAGAAUUUUGGAGCAGCUCUUUUUGCUAGACAAGAACAAUGAACUGCGCUACAAGGUGCCGCAGUCCUACGCCCUUUACUGGCGUCUGGUCAAAAACCCCAUAAAUCUCUCUCAGAUCAAACACAAGCUGGAAACAUCGGGAUACGCCAGCGACGAAGAGUUCACCAGGGACGUGCUCUUGAUUCCGCAUAAUGUCAAAUUGAUGAGCAUGCCCAAUACAAAGGUAUACAAACUCGCCACCAACUUUGAAAAAAAAGGAAAAACCCUCAUCGCCAAGAUACUUUCUGACGCGCCCGUCGCCGCCACUAACACCCGCCCCGAAAAAAAAUCCCUUGCCUUCCCGGGUAUACGCCCCAACUCCAACUGGCCCUCCGCCUCUGCCCAUCAACAUCCAAACGGAAUGGACUCGCGCAUCCGCGAACUGAUCAAACUCCUUCCGGAACUUGCUGACACCGCGCCUGACACAGACCCUCUCCUUCUACGCAUCAGGGACUCCAUCUUCGGAAAAGUCCCCAAGGGACAGGAAAAGCCGCUCAAACACAUCCUGGACGCCCACUUUGUCGCGCUAUUCGCCCACUCUAGAAAAAUACCCUUAACGGGGGGCCUGCCCGCCUGGAUCGACCUGGACACUUGCCACAUCUGCCAAUCGGUAGACAGCCAGCAAGACCUCGUCUUCUGCCGCAGCUGCGCCGCGCCGGCGCACCUGGCAUGCCUGGGGGCACCGAAGGUCGGCGUGGCGCGCGGGGAUGCUGUACGCUACCGUUGCGCCAACUGCGCCUACUGCACCGGCUGCGGCGGUGCCUGCAACUCCGGGCACCCCCUCGACGCGUCGAACAUCUCCGACCUGGGCCUUGCGGAAAAGUGCGGCUGGGUCUCUCCCCACAUGACCGAAUCGCUUGCCGGCUCGAGGUUGAAUGGUAUUGGCUACUUGCCAGAGAUGGGCGCGCGCAGCGAAUACGCGGAGCUGCUGUACGACCGCUUCCACUUGCGCCUCUGCCCGCCGCGCCCUCCGGGCCCGGCCCAAGUACACGCGGGCCCGUUACGCACCAUUGCCUGCGCGUACUGCUUGGCGCCUUACCACCUGUCCUGCCUCUCCGCAGACGAGGCCUGUGCUGGCCUCGUCUGCGGAGAGGCAGGGCCACCGGACGCCGCGGUUGAGGCAUUCGUUGUGGCGGCGGAGCGGCUGCACUGGCGCAAGAACCUGUUCAACAACCUCCAGCCAGACGGCGGGCGCGACUGGCGCAAAAGCCCCGUGCUAGGGCCGUUUGAGCGGCUGCGCAGGCUGGGCAAGCGCUAUCGCCACGUAGGCGUGUUUCCCAGGCACAAGCUUUCCAAUGGGUCUGGCAGCCUGCAGUUUGCCUGUUCCGGCAGCUGUGCCCGCGCGCUAGGGCGAGGCGGCAGAGCUGGGUUUGUCAGCGCCUGCUGCAGCCUCUGCAGCGCGGAAUUUGCCGUGGCGGCAUCACACGGGCCGGCUGUUUUGCUGCCCCGCACGUAUACUCUGCUCUGCCCCGGGUGCGGCGGGCAGGGGGCCGGCUGGCCCGCACCGCGUCCCCUUAAGCUACCGCGGCUCGAUCGCCCGCUGGUGGCCACGCACCGCGGGCUCUACGGGCUACUGCAUGCCGUGGCGAGCGCCGCGGAUGGGGCGGCCUCCAGGGCCGCGAUCGAGGCUUUUGUGCGCAGUGACUUUUUCAAGCCACUCUUUCGUGUUUCGCAGGAGCUCAUCGGAUCGCUGCUCUAUUCGCGUCCGCGGGAGGCGCUUGUAUCUGCCAUUGAGGGGCUGUUCGGUUCGUCUCUGCACCCCGGAGGUCCGUGGGGGGCUGCGUACGUGGAGCUGGUCAGGCGUAUUUGUUCAGUCGAGUACGGAGGCGGGGGGGGCUCCGUCAUGCCCGAGACGGUGGCGCUGGCCAGCAAGCUGAUUUGGGUGGUGUGCUGCCAGUUUGUGGGGUUUAUGAGGCGGCAAUACCAGCCAACCCCCUCCAACAAAACCCCACUCGCCGCCCCACACAAAACCUCACUCACCGCCCCUGCUGCCAUCCCUGCUGCCGAGCGCCUGUGCGACCUGCUGGGCCGCUCCUUCCUGCGGACGGUCGCUGGAGAAUUGCGUACGCGGGGAGCCACGGGUAAGCCGCUUUCUAGCGACUUUCUGCGCCAUCCUGAGCGGGGCUUGCCGGAUGGCCUGCGCGGAGGGUUGACCGGUCUCAGGGUUAAGGUCGCCCACUCCUGCGUCCUCUGCGGGUGGAACAGCUCACCCGAGCUUCUGGGAAAUCUGCUGCAGUUUAGCUCCGGUGAGGGCGUCUCUUCCGUGCACGGUGAGUGCCUCGCCUGGUCCGUUCGCCGCGAGCUGUUGAGCAAGAGUUGGAACAUCGUCUUUGACUCGCUCAUAACGCUGCGGCCACUUCCCGAGGGGACGCCCUUCAGGGAGUGUAUGUACUUACCGGCGCUCGUACCGCCCGUGGAGGUGCCCCUGGGGACGCUGCUCGAGGCCAUUUCCGCAGCGAGGGGCAGCAGCUGCGGACUGUGCGGAGGGAACUUCGCCUCGGUGCCGUGCUACGGCAACUGCGGCAAAGUCUACCACCUGCCCUGCCUCUACGGCAGCUCGCUGUCGAUCUAUUUUACCGGGCGCCGGGCCUGGUGCGAGGGCUGCUGGGCCGGGUCCCGGAGUCUCCGGUUACAGCAGCUGCAGCACUUCCUUGCCCUAGCCGCCAGGGAGGGGGUCGCCGUUAGAGAGGACUUUAUUUUAUGCGAGGGAAUGGGUGGGGGAGCUGCGUUUGCAGUUUCCAGGCAGGUCAGGCAGCGCAUGCGGAUAGUGCCCGCUCCUCUGGCGCCUCUUUCUCCCCCGAGCAGUCUGUUUGGCGGUACUGAGCUGAAUUUGGGGCACGGGGGCACAUUUCGGGAGGGCUACCUCAUUAUGCGCGGGCUGCUUGACGACGCACCCUACCCGGGGGGUUACGUGGCCCACCGGCGCUGGUGGCACCGGUUCAUUCCAGGGGCCAGGACUUACUACGUGCUGUACACCUUCCUCAGUGGGGGUAUGCUCCAGUUUGCGAUAUACGACCCGCAGGUUGGCGAGUCGUUUAGCAGCAGUGACUUACUGCGUACCACGACAGCUUUUAUAGCUACAUUUAAGGCGAACGCGGGGUUUCUCCAGGUUAUGCUGAAGACGGGCGAUCGGUUUCACCUCAGAAGUUUCGCAGAGACGUUUUUUGGUUUUAACGAUCCGGUUACAGUUCGUAGAAAUAGGGAGAAAUAUUUGCGCUACGUCAGAAAUCGCAUUGAAAGGUUGAAUUUGCCGAGCGAGUUGGGGAGGCGGCAGUUGAGCGCGCGCGAGGAGCCGCAGCAGAACGAGUUUGAAAAUGAUGUUCAGGUUGUAUUUGACUCUACCGUAGAUAAAUUUGCAGAGGAUUCAAGGCCGAAGAAAAAAUUUGAUACUUUGAGUUCUUCAAUGCUUUAUCGCUACAUACAGUCACUUUCUCAGCCCUCUCGCCUCAGGGUUAGGGGGUCUCCCAUCCACGGAAUCGGCCUCUUUGCCAACCAGCUCAUCCAGUCCGGGGAACCGGUGAUAGAGUACAUUGGGGAGCUCAUUAGGGACGUGAUAAGUGACGUGAGGGAGAAAUUUUACAACGAUAAGUGGGGAAUUGAUGGCUCGUGUUACAUGUUUAAGUUGAACGAGCAGCUCGUUGUGGACGCCACUAGGAUGGGAAACAUGGCUAGAUUUAUCAAUCAUUCGUGUGAGCCCAAUUGCAUAUGCCGGAUCAUAACGUGUGAGUCUGGACUAAAGCACAUAGUGAUCUUUGCGAAGCGGGAUAUCAAUCCGGGGGAGGAAAUAACAUACAACUACCAGUUCGGCAUUGAAGCGGAAGCGAAAAAAUUAUCUUGCCAUUGUGGUGCCCCUUCGUGCCUGGGAAGGAUGAAUUGA